UUGGCCGCUGUACCUUGGGUCGGAUCAGUGUCCUCUAUAGGGCUCUUGCUUCUUUAGAUUUUUUUACUUUCGUGUAUAAACUCGAUAGGGCUAAAAGGGGGAGGAGGUGGUGGAGGGGGUAAACACAUACACACACACUCUCACCCCCCAAAAGCGAGCGAGAGAGAGUUAAAAGAUUUUUGUUUUUAAUUCCUGUGUUAAUUUGCCUGCUGAUUUUGGAAUCUCAGUAGUAAUGGAGGGGAAGUGGAGAUUCUGUGCCGAGUGGAGGCUGAUAUUUUUCAAAGAGGGAAGUUACUCCAUUUUCUAUGCAAAUGACAGCAAUGCAAGAAGCUAUCACAAGUCAGAGAGACAAUCGACGGCUAUCAGGUUGGGACAAUAUUUGUCAGCUAAAAGAUAAACAAACGCUAUUUGCUUUUUAAAAAACUUAUACCACAGAAAUGGACGUCAAAAGCAAAUCUCCGCAGACCGUCUGUUGGGAAAAAAGUACCCGGAGUCCUACAAAAAUCUUCAAGGGGAAUAAUAACAAUAAAAAAAUCUGGAUCAUAAAGUUGAAAACUUUUUUUUUUUUUUUUUUGGAAAACAAAACGAAACAAACAACAACUCUCACUUGGGAAGAAUCCACUCAAACCAUGAAUACCGUCUAUGGGGCGUUGGAAAAAGGAUGUGGGAAUGCACAAGCCGUAACACAUCAACAUUCAGUGAUCCCCAAGAGCCGGAUCCAAAGCCCAUGAAGUCAAUGGAUGUUUUCCCAUUCGGUCCACGGGAGUGAUUCCAUUAGGCCAAUAGGACUUCAGUGAUGGCAGGCUCAGAAUCGCCAUGGUUUUAAAACAACACAAAACAAUCGUUCAGAUACUUGCAGCAGCCGAUUUCCCCCCUUCUCUCCUUCUUCCUGAAGUCCUUGGUAGCGAACUAACACAGAAAUUGUUACCUAUCUGUAUGUGACAUCAAAUGAAGGCAGUUCUCUUUCUUUCUCAAACUGCUGCGCUGUUUCAUUUGUGCUGGACCAGACAACGGAGAAUUGGUCAGCUUCCAAUAGACAACUGGAAACGGAUUGUCACGUGACCUUGGGGUGCCAAUGUUCUUCCGUAAGGGUCUCAAGACCUUGGUAGUCGGUAAAAAUAUUUUUUGGGAAUCCCAGAGAUGCAGAAAACAACAUACUACGACAGUUCAACGCUGUUUGGAGGCUAUUCCUACCAGGGUGCUAAUGGGUUUGGUUAUGAUGGCCCUCAACAGCCUUUCCAGCCUUCUUCUCACGUGGAGAAUGACUACCAGAGGUCUGCCUGCUCCCUCCAAUCUCUGGGCAACACUGCCCCACAUGCAAAAAGUAAAGACCUGAAUGGAAGCUGCAUGCGUCCAAGUUUGCCCCGGGAGAAUCAUCAAGCCCCACCUGUCUCACCACCCCCAAACUCUGUCACCAACAGCAACAGUAGCAGCAGCAAUAGCCAGUCAGGGAGCAGUAAAACUGCCCCCAGCAAAUCAAAUCUCAGUUCAAACGCAACUCUCACCAAACAGAUUUUCCCCUGGAUGAAAGAAUCGAGACAAAACUCCAAACAGAAAAACAGCUCCCCUACCACAGAAAGCUGCAGCGGCGAGAGAAGCCCUCCAGGGUCUUCUUCUGCCUCCAAACGAGCCCGCACUGCCUACACCAGCGCGCAGCUGGUGGAGCUGGAGAAGGAAUUCCACUUCAACCGCUACCUUUGCAGGCCCCGCCGAGUGGAGAUGGCCAAUCUGCUCAACCUCAGCGAAAGGCAGAUCAAGAUCUGGUUCCAGAACCGGAGGAUGAAGUAUAAAAAAGAUCAGAAGUCGAAAGGCAUGGGGUCUUCUUCGGGGGGGCCCUCCCCAACGGGCAGCCCGCCCCAGCCCAUGCAAUCUUCAGCAGGGUUUAUGAAUGCCUUGCACACCAUGACUAGUAACUACGAUGACCCAUCGCCUCCUUCCUUCAAUAAGCCCCACCAGAAUGCCUAUGCCAUGUCAACUAACUACCAAAACCCCAUCAAAGGGUGCCCCUCGCAACAGAAGUAUGCCAACACCGCGCCGGAGUACGAUCCCCACAUAAUACACGGCAACGGGAGCACAUAUGGGACUCCCAAUAUGCAAGGCAGCCCUGUAUACGUUGGAAGCAGCUAUGUGGAUUCUAUGCCUGCUUCGGGCCCCUCCCUUUACGGCCUCAAUCACCUGCCACACCACCAGUCUGCCAGCAUGGACUACAACGGGGCUCCACAGAUGCCAACCAGCCAGCACCAUGGACCAUGUGAGACCCACCCAACCUACACAGACCUUUCCACGCACCACGCCUCUUCUCAGGGCCGAAUCCAAGAGGCGCCCAAACUCACCCACCUGUGA